UCCAUUUGAAUAAAUUGAGAAGAAACAAACACUUAAAAGAUGGGGAGAGCUCCAUGCUGCGACAAAGCCAAUGUGAAGAAGGGACCAUGGUCUCCUGAAGAGGAUUUUAAACUAAAAUCAUACAUAGAUCAAUACGGCACCGGAAACAACUGGAUUGCUCUCCCACAUAAAAUCGGCUUGAAGAGAUGUGGGAAGAGUUGCAGGCUGAGAUGGCUGAAUUACUUGAGGCCUAACAUCAAGCAUGGCGGAUUCACCGAGGAAGAAGAUAAUAUCAUUUGCAGCCUCUACAUCAGCAUUGGCACCAAGUGGUCUAUAAUCGCGGCUCAGUUGCCAGGGAGGACAGACAACGACAUCAAGAACUACUGGAACACGCGACUAAAGAAGAAACUCCUUGGCCGCCACAUGAGGAAGUCGUCUAGCUCUAGCAUACCGGCCUUCGAUAUGCAUAACCUGAGCAGCUCAGCCCUGGAGAGGCUGCAGCUCCACAUGCAGCUGCAGUCCCUCCAAUACCCUUUCUCUCUCUACAACAAUCACAAUCCACACUUGAAUCUCACGAACCAAAUUGCCGCUCCUGCUCCCGGACAAGAAGAUUCGUUGAAGAUUCCGUUUCCGGGAUGUGAGAUGGUGGAGCAGAAUCCUCUCGUACUCAACGAUAAAUAUUGCGGUUUUGCUGUAGAUAAUCUUAAGAAAGUUGAAGAUGAGUUGGAUUGUUUUAAGGAAAUGAGUGAUAAUCUUGCAUGGUGGUGUAACGAAUUCGAGCUCAACGCCGGUUAUUCGCCAAUCUGAACACUUGUAUACCUUAAUUUGUUCUCACGUAGAUCUGCCACCUGUACUCUUGUAGCAUAGGGGUUGGGUUUGUUUAGUUCAUAAACGAGGGGGAAUAUGGUGUUGUAUAUUGUUGUGAAAUGUUUGUUUAGGGAAAGUCAAUAAACGUUACAUAUGCAUGA